GCAGCAACGAUGGGCAUGUGUUCUGGACUGCGGACGCACGUGCUAUGCCUGGCGGCCGUGGCUCUCGCCUGGGCAUUUUUUCCAGCCUAUGCCGUCGAUAAUGCAACCUUCUGGGAGCAGAGGGAGAUGAUGAUGCAGCUGGAGGAAACGGACAUACUUGGUCACAACUUGAAACUCACCGAGGCGGAGAUGAAGGCGAACGAGGUGCUCAUGGCAUCAAAGGCAGAGGAGAUUGGCGGUGCCUUUGAAAACAAUUUGAAUUUCCCGCCAGCGAAGAAUUUCAUGACGGUCAUUCAGGACAUCGAGGCCAGCAGCGUGUUCCAGUUCAUCUCCCGGAUGCCCAAGGGUGCGGCGCUACACCUGCACAGUUCCUCCAUGGCAUCCGUGAGCUGGGUGGUCGACGAGCUAACCUAUUGGCCGAAUCUUUACAUGUGUUACACGGACGACGGGAAACUGAGGAUGACGUUCACAGAAGCACCGGACUCGUCAUGCGCCUGGCAGCUGGUGAGCGAGGUCAGGGCGACGUACCCUACGGAGGAUGACUUCAACCGAGAGCUGGUCGGGAGGCUGUCCAUUCUCACGGACAAUCCGGAGGAGGUAUACCCUGAUGCUGCUACAGUCUGGCAAGCAUUUGAAGACGCACUGAAUGCUCAGAGAGGCAUCGUUUUGUAUCGACCGGCGUACGAAAGGUACCUGUACCAAGUAUUACAGGAGUUUAUGGACGAUAACGUGCAGUAUUUGGAAUUCCGUGGGACGCUGACACCUAUGUACGAGCUAGACGGGACGCAGCUGAGUCGGGAGGAGACCGUGAGCAUUUACCGCGACACCGUGCAGCGCUUCGUGGCGGACCACCCCGGCUCCUUCCACGGCGCUCGGUUCAUCUUCGCCCCGCCGAGACACGUUGACCUGGAGGAGCUGUGGGGCGACGUGACGGCGGCCAGGCAGCUGAAGGAGCAGUUCCCCGACUUCGUUGCGGGGUUCGACCUGGUGGGGCAGGAGGACGGGGGCUUCCCGCUCAAGGACCUCGCCGAGCCCCUCCUUUGGCUCAGCGAGGGCGAGGUGUUCGUGCCCGUCUUCUACCACGCAGGAGAGACCGCCUGGAUGGGCAUGUCGACCGACGAGAACCUGAUCGACGCGCUGCUGCUCAACGCCAGCAGGAUCGGCCACGGCUACGCCAUCACCAAGCACCCGCGGGCCAAGGCGCUCGCCAAGGACACCGACACGCCCAUCGAAGUGUGCCCAAUAUCCAACCAGGUGCUGAACCUGGUGGAUGACCUGCGGAACCACCCCGCCGCUGGCCUCGUGGCGGAGGGUUUCCCGAUGGUCGUGUCUUCGGACGACCCGGCUUCGUGGGGCGCCAAGGGCCUCUCCUACGACUUCUACGAGGCCUUUAUAGCUCUAGGGGGUGCUAAGGCCGACCUCAGGUUCCUCAAGCAACUGGCUAUCAACUCCAUGCAGUACAGCAGCUUGGAGUUCGCCGACAAAACCAAACUGAUUGCCAUGUGGUUGGAAAAAUGGAACCUCUUCAUUUCAGAAUUCCAGUAGCUCGUGAAUUGUCCUUUUUAUGAUUAAGAGUUCUUGAUUGUAAGGUACUUUGGGGGUAUAUGUUCCUUUAUUAAGCAAAAUCUAUAAAAAAAAGUGUAACGUUUCUCUCUUGAAUAAAGACUUUGAAUGUGUCUU